AGCUUCCAGUUUUGAACUUGAUCCAUAUGCAACUGGGUUCCGAUUAUAAUACUGUAGAAUGUCUUUGUUAGUAAAAACCUGGCAGUGAAAUUGGAGUUUUUAAAAGAUCUUUGGUUGGUUCUGUGGUUUCAGAAUGGCAGCUUAUGUUUCUCCCUGUUUAACUCCUCCGGAUUCUCGGGUGCUCACUGUUCUAAGAAAGAGUGUGUUACCGGAAAAUCAUCUAGGCACCAGGGUUGGUUGCUUUAGAAUGAGUGAAGGUACUAAAAGAUAUCGUGUUGUUACUGCUCAUAAAUCCGAGUCUUCGUCAAUUAGAAACUCUCUGAAUUCUCAUAGUCCAAGCCAUUUCCAAAGCCAAGAUUCUUUCUUGAAUCUCCACCCUGAGAUAUCAAUGCUCAACCCAAGAAAAGAAACUUCUAGUGUUCCCAUUACUGAGGAUUUGGAUGAGUUAUCUACUCCAAACACUUACAAUGAGGCAAGGAUAAAAGUUAUCGGGGUUGGAGGUGGUGGGUCAAACGCUGUGAAUCGCAUGAUUGAGAGUGAGAUGAUUGGUGUGGAGUUUUGGAUUGUAAAUACCGAUAUUCAAGCAAUGAGAAUGUCUCCGGUUUUCCCAGACAAUAGGUUACAGAUUGGUAAGGAGUUGACUAGAGGUUUAGGUGCUGGAGGUAAUCCAGAGAUUGGAAUGAAUGCUGCUACAGAAAGCAAAGAAGCUAUCCAAGAAGCGCUUUAUGGUUCAGAUAUGGUCUUUGUCACAGCUGGAAUGGGUGGUGGAACCGGCACAGGCGGGGCUCCUAUAAUUGCAGGGGUUGCAAAAGCGAUGGGUAUAUUGACGGUUGGUAUUGUCACAACGCCUUUCUCAUUUGAGGGACGGAGAAGAGCAGUCCAGGCUCAGGAAGGGAUUGCAGCCCUCAGAGAUAAUGUUGACACUCUUAUUGUUAUUCCAAACGACAAGUUACUUGCAGCAGUCUCUCAGUCUACUCCAGUUACAGAAGCAUUUAAUCUGGCAGAUGAUAUACUUCGUCAAGGAGUCCGCGGAAUAUCUGAUAUCAUCACGAUUCCUGGAUUGGUCAACGUGGAUUUUGCUGAUGUGAGGGCUAUAAUGGCAAAUGCAGGUUCUUCGUUGAUGGGAAUAGGAACUGCAACAGGAAAGACUCGAGCAAGAGAUGCUGCAUUAAACGCGAUCCAAUCACCUUUGUUAGAUAUUGGCAUUGAGAGAGCCACUGGAAUUGUUUGGAACAUAACUGGUGGAAGUGACUUAACCCUGUUCGAGGUAAAUGCUGCUGCAGAAGUGAUUUACGACCUUGUUGAUCCGACAGCCAAUCUUAUAUUUGGUGCUGUGGUGGAUCCAUCCUAUAGUGGUCAAAUAAGUAUUACCCUAAUAGCAACCGGUUUCAAACGCCAAGAAGAAGGAGAAGGGAGGCCACUUCAGGCGACGCAAGCGGAUGCAUCAAUGGGAGCCACAAGACGUCCUUCGUCAUCAUUCACCGAAGGCAGUUCCAUAGAGAUCCCAGAGUUCUUAAAGAAGAAAGGUCGCUCUCGCUAUCCUCGCCUCUAGACCCACUUUGGAUCACUCUACAUGAGAUUUGUUGAAUGUAAGGAGAAGGAAUGAUUUGGUGUGGCUAUGUAAAUUACCUCUCUGGUGAUUCUUUAAUAGGUUGUUAGAAAUGAUUUUACUAUAGUACUAUAAUAAUGUUAUUUGACUUGACAGAUGAUAAAUCUCAGUAUCUGCCACUCUGUUUCAAGAUUUUGCCUUUGGAUAAAUGGAUAGAAAAAAUAAAAUGGUUGUUUAAAA